GUUUCUGUGACAAGUCAACAACCAAAGUAUCAUUCCUUGAAACACUCACACUCACACUCACUUUGGUAUCUAAGCUUUUGUAAGGAUGAGUUUCCCCCUUCUAGAGAAGCUUUUGCUGUUUUUCUCCUCGCCUGUCGAUGCAAUGUUAACCAGCCACCAAAUAAACACAUCGACGAACCCCCUAGGGACCACCGUUAUGGAAUGCAAUCAGCCAGGCAUGGUAGCACUGGCCUACGAUGAUGGUCCUGGUCCAUACACGGAAGAACUCUUGGGGAUCCUCAAGGACAAUCGGGUGAACGCCACGUUCUUCGUCAAUGGUAAUAAUGUUAACGGCCCCAUUACGAAUCCCAACAACGCCCAGAUACUCCAGAAAGCCUAUGCCAGCGGUCACCAUGUCGGUAGCCACACGUGGUCGCAUAAGGAUCUGUCCCUGCUGUCAAGGGACCAGCGGAUGGAUGAAAUGUUCCGGCUCGACUCGGCGCUGGAGGACAUUAUCGGCUACACGCCCAGGUACAUGAGACCACCCUUCUUCUCAUGCACUGAGGAUUGUCAGAGGGACAUGGCGGGCUGGGGUUAUCAUAUUGUUACAGCCAAUCUCGAUACAAAGGACUACGAGGAAGACUAUGCACAAUCGCGCAACACCUUCAGCAGCGCACUGAACUCGUCCAGUCCCAAGAAUUCCAGUUUCAUUGUGCUCGUCCACGAUACCCAUGAGGGAACCGUGGAGGCUUUCACCAAGUACAUGAUCGACGAGGCGAGGGGUUACGGAUAUAAGCUAGUGACAUUGGGGGAGUGUCUCGGGGAUAGUAGCGUUCAUUGAUCAUAGUUAUAGGCAACGAUGGUGACGGG